GCGGGGCGGGAUGGCGGCGCCCGAGGCCGAGGCGGCGGGGGGUCGGCAGCGCGCGCUGGGCGCCUACUCGCCCGUGGACUACAUGAGCAUCACCAGCUUCCCCCGGCUGCCCGAGGAGGAGGCGGGCGGCGCGGCCGAGGGCGGCCUCCGCGCCCGGAAGGAGGAGGACGCGUUCCUGGGCGAGCAGGACACGGACCCAGACUCCUUCCUGAAGUCCGCACGCCUCCAGCGCCUGCCCUCGUCCUCCUCGGAGAUGGGCAGCCAGGAUGCAUCCCCCCUGCGAGAGACCAGCAAGGACCCCUUCUCUGGAGACUGCAGCUGCCGGCAGGACGGGCUGACCGUCAUCAUCACUGCCUGCCUCACCUUCGCCACAGGGGUCACGGUGGCCUUGAUCAUGCAGAUCUACUUUGGAGACCCUCAGCUCUUCCAGCGUGGGGCUGUGGUGACGGAUGCUGCCCGCUGCACAGCACUGGGCGUCGAGGUGCUCAGCAAGCAGGGCUCCUCGGUGGACGCGGCCAUCGCAUCAGUGCUCUGCGCAGGAGUGGUGAACCCCCACACCUCAGGCAUUGGCGGGGGUGGGGUGAUGCUGGUCCAUGACAUCCGGAAGAACCAGAGCCAGGUGAUCGACUUCCGUGAGGUGGCUCCAUUGGGCAUCCCACCGGACGGCGAUCUGCUGAAGGACAGCAAGCCAGGUUUGCUCGUGGGGGUGCCAGGCACGCUGCAAGGCAUGCACCGGGCACACCAGCUGCAUGGCAGGCUCCCCUGGUCACAGCUGCUGGGCCUCGUGGCUGCCGUUGCCCAGGAUGGAUUUAACAUCACGCACGACUUGGCCAAAGCUGUGAGUGAGCUUAAAGACCUGAACUACUCCGACAAGUUUCGGGAGACCUUCCUGCCGGAUGGCCAGCCUUUGUUGCCUGGCAUGUUUGUGAGGCGCCUGGACCUCGCAGCUGUCUUGGAGCUAGUGGGAGCAGAAGGGAUUUCAGCCUUCUACAGUGGAAACUUGAGCCAGGAGAUCAUCUCUGAGGUCCAAAACUACGGAGGAGUCUUGGAGGAGGAAGACUUCAGCAAUUACAGUGUUACAGUGGAGAGUCCCGUCCACACCAUCUACCGAGGUCAUCUUGUUUUGAGUCCCCCACCUCCACAUGCAGGUCCUGCUCUGAUCACAGCACUGAAUAUCCUCGAGGGCUUUAACAUCACAAAUCUAGCAUCCAGGGGGAACAUCUUGCACUGGAUUGCAGAGACAUUAAAAAUCGCUCUGAGUCUAGCUAGCAACUUGGGAGACCCAUCCGACGAUGCAUCCAUCGUUCACGCUGCAGAAGGCAUGCUGAGUAAAUCAGAGGCUGAUUCCCUGCGCCAGCUGAUAAAUGAGUCCCAGCCCUUCUCAUCGGAUCUCCGCCUGCCUCACUUCUCUGUGGAGAGCGGAGCCGCUGCCAGCCAGGUUCUUGUCAUGGGACCCGAUGACUUCAUUGUCGCAGUCGUAAGUUCUUUGAAUCGCCCAUUUGGUAGUGGAAUAAUGACAGCUUCUGGAGUGCUCCUGAACAGCCAGAUGUUGGACUUCUCCUGGCAAAACAAAACAACGAACCACUCCAUUCCCAGGCCGCAAAAUCUCAUCCAGCCUCGGAAACGGCCCCUGUCUUUCUUGUUGCCCACCAUCGUGAGGCCAUCAGAGGGGAUGUGCGGAACGUACCUGAGUCUGGGAGCUAACAGUGGGGACAAAGCCUUGAGCGGCAUCGUUCAGGUCUUGGUAAAUGUGUUAGCGUUCAACAAGAAUCUGAGUGAAAGUUUGUCUCUUGGUCGUCUUCACCCACAGCUUCAGUCCAACACCUUGCAGGUUGACAGUGAAUUUUCUGAAGAAGAUAUUGAAUGUCUUGUAGCCAGGGGCCAUGAAGUGGAUAAAGUCAAAGUGCUCUCCCUGGUCCAUGGGGCCAGGAGAACCAACAGUUUCAUCAUCGGCCUGAAGGACCCCAGGAGCAUGGAUGCUGCUGGAGCCACAAUAUUGUAGCACCUCUCAGACAACUUAUUCACUGAACAAGGCUUUAGACACAACCCCAGUGAUGUGCAUGUUCUGAAAUGGUCCCCUCCUGCUCCCCAGAGUGGGAUCACUGCAUACACACACAUACAUCUUCAUCGCUGAGCAGACGUCCUGCGUUCCCUACCCAGGAUGGCACAGGAGGCGUUAAUGGUGCCGGCACAACAUCUCUCUGAAGUUUUUUUCUUUUAAAAUAAUUUGAUUUGCAAGCAGCUCAGUCACUGCUAUAGGAUCACAGGGAGUUUUUCUUUUGGCACCGUCUUAUCAUUCAUUCCAGCCUUUUCAAAAGCCCAGCUCUAGCCAACUACACGAUUUUAGUGAGCAGCAACAUUAGCAAAGGAAACAGUGACAGUAAAAAACAGCUGCUGAUAAUACUGUAAUCUUCAUCUCCUUUUCUUUCCCAAAUUCAUUAUUUGCCUCUUUUGUGAAUCAGCAGUUAAUGCAGCCUAAUGUAGUGUUUGUAGGUGCCUGUAGCUGGAAUAUCAGGGCAUCCUUUAAUGUUGUGUGUGGGCUGGCUGGCUUUUGCCAGCAUGCAGCCUCCUGUGCUUUUCUCACAUCCCUGCAAACCUUGAAUUUUUGGAGUAAGUAUUUUGAAUCACUUCUCUGUGCAGACACAUUGGAGUCCAACUUUGAACCAGUCUGCCUCUUCACUGGCAAACGAGGACCCCAAAUUCACUGCUGUUGUUCCCAAAAGAAGCUGUCCCACCAUGCAUUUUGUAACAAAAACAAUGGUUUUCAACUUUUAACAACUGGUGGACCCCCCCAGUAAUUUUCUUACAGUUUUCUGGCCUCUGCAGAGAUUUUAAGCUUAGUGAUAAUGGGUUUAUUUUUCUUUGAUACUUUUUGGAAAUAUCUUCAAAGUACUCUGCAGGCUUGUAAGAAUCCACAGAGCACAGAUGAAUACUGCAUGGAAACAGUUUAGGUAGAUUCAGGGCUUUCCUUACACGGCCUUGUCUCAGCCUGCUGUGAAAGCCUAAGUUGAAUAAUCCCUACAGAGAGGCUUAGGGUUUUCUGCAUGCUAAAUUCAUGUCUGUACUUCAGCUCUGGUGGCUCUAUUGGAAAAGCUGUGGAGAGAGAAAGGGUCCAAUGCAAAGCAAAGACCACUGAGAUAAUUUUCUGUCUGUAACAAGAAAUACAGAACAUAAGAAUACCUCUGCAUUUCUUGUCUGAAAGAGAAUGGAGAAAAUACCACAUCUGUUUGCUGCACCAUUGAAUUCAAUCCACGCUGGAAUGUUUCCGUCUAUUUUUUUAACUAACAAGUUAGAGAGAAACCCUUGGCCGUAAAAAAUUCUGGAAUCAGAUACAUUUCCACAGCAAUGCUUUCCUUCACAUUGCAAAUAUGCCAAUGGCUGCUGCAGGCAUUCCACUCGUGUGCUGCCUGUGGCUGCCUCAGCGUGCCCCUUGGUGACACAGCUGCCCCAGCCUUCCUGCUGAGGAGCCCCACAGACACUGCUCCACAUGUAGGGCUGUGCCCACACAGGCUGGCACAGGGCGCAGGGAGCACGCAGGGUGCUUGGAGGUGGUCAGGAAACUACCAGAGAGAAUUGGAUUAAUUGUUCCUGACACCUACCGGCCGAGUGUCCCAAAGCAUCUUACAGUAAGUCUGGCACAUUUUGCUGUGGAAGGAGAGGGGUGCUUUUCUGCUUUGCUGAAAUGCGGCCAGCCAGGAGGCAGCCACUGGCAGACAUCAACGCCAACAGUUCUUUCUGUUAGGAAACACAGGAUCAUAGAAUGGCCUGAGUUGAGGAGGAGCACAGUGACCAUCCAGUUCCAACCCCUGCUACGUGCAGGUCGCCAACCAGCAGACCAGGCUGCCCAGAGCCACAUCCAGCCUGGCCUUGAAUGCCUGCGGGGACGGGGCAUCCCUCUGGCCACAUCCGUGGCCUCAGCCAAGAGAUGGAAAAAUUAUGUGUUACCUUUGGGAAGUUGUGUCUCUGUCACCAAACUGCCCCUAUGGCAAGAGCAGGCUUUCCUCACCAGAAGGACCUCGGCUCAUUUAUUUUUCUGUCACAGGCACUAGAAAUGGCACUGCCCAAAGCUGGAGCAUUCAUAAAACAUAUGGUGUCUUGGAGCUGGCCUCUCCAGGUCAGACAGCAAGGAGAGCAUAUGUUUGUGUGCACUGAAUCACAGGUGAAAAUUUGGGAGUUUCUGGUAAAGGACAACAGUGAUCUGUGCCUCAGACAUGGCAUGGUAUGAGCACAGCUCAAAGCGGUCAGAUGCUACAAUACUUAGCAUGGAAUACUGCAGAACACUUUGAAAGAACAUUCCUUUUUAUUCCUUCAAUUCCUUUCACAAAGUCACUUCUGAUGCCAAAAACUGUAUUCAUUUGUGAACUGGAGGCUCUAGUUUUGAAUUGAAAUGGGCUUAUAUGUCCCGAGGUGUGAUUUCAGAGCAAUUAUUCAGAACCUUAAAAUAAAGCACGUUCCUAAGUGCCCUCCUGUCUCUCUGGCUUAUGUUCCAAAAAAUAUUGUUUAGUAUUAGAAGACGCUUUGAAUUAUUCACCAUUUCCUCCGUUUAAAAAUGGCAGCAGUGUCACACAGCUAUAUUCAGUACUGAAUCCUCUAAUCAGCUAAUUGGUCCCGUGUCUCUGGUACUGCAAGUCAAUCCGUUGUGAUGAGACCUAAUGAACUUAGUUUGUGGCACCAAUAAACACCUGAUGUUUCCAUAUGUAUGGCUGAGACAGACAUUGUGAAAUAAAGGGCCACAUUCUGGAGACGUGUGUGCGCAGUGUCUGCACUGAUUUCAAGCCAGCUAUUGCAGACAUCUAACUACCCUGAAGCAGAAUUCUCCCAAAAGUUAUACAUCCAAGUGUCUGAGAUGCUCAGAACACAAAGUAUGAAUUAUAGGAUGGCUGAGAAAAACAAUAAGGAAAAUAAGAAUAAAAAUAACAAAGAUAAUAAUAAUAAAAAAUAAGAUAUGCCUUUGUCAAAUAUAACUACUGUGGUCUUGAAAGCCAUCUGUGUGUAUCUGCCCCCGUUUGCUUUGCUCUCCACUAACAUGCACAGUUUUUUUACAUUGGGAUAAGCUGAAAACGGGGCCUGGCAUUAAGUGUCAGCUCAGUUAGGCAGAGAUUUCUCACAAAGGCUCAAUGCCAUUCAUGAGUGCAGUUAUCAAGCACUGCUUUGCUAGCUGCAGAUACCUCUGUCUGCCUAUGUGUGUCAAGCCCAGACCAGUGCAUGUAAAGGCCUAAAGGAGAGACAAGGCUGAGGUCGGCAUCUGGGACCAGGGAUGCUCUGGGCCCUGUUGCAGUGCCAUUCUGUUCACCUCAUUUUCCUGCGGGGUGCCUGGACACGAGGACAGGCUGGAGCCUGUGCUGCUCCCAUCAGCUCCCACCAAAGGAAACACUGCUGAGCUCUGUGGGGUGGUCAGAGUCGCGCUGCUGGUGGUGCCUGUUGUGGGGAAGGGCUAGACAGCUGAACCUCCCUGCUGCCCAAACCCCGUGUGCCCCAGGGCUGGGGGCUGCGAGGGGCCCGCAGGGCAGAACAGCCAUAGGCAGGGCAGGAGGCUCUGGUCCCCAACCCUAGGAGUGGAAAUCUCGCCCUGCCCUGUGCAGUGCUGCCGGCUUCUGCCUGAGGGUCCCCCAGACCCUUUUCUCUUUUGUGAACAACAAUACUUAUUAUGCGUCAAAAACGCUGUGGAUUUUGCAAAGUUUUAGGAAGAGUGGAAGGUGGAGUGGGAAGGGCUCUUGCAGCACAUGGAUGAUUUCAUAGCAGCAGCCUGGAAAAGAGCUUCCCUACUUCAGUGAUAGACAUCUAUCUGUGUGUUGGCCAGAGAAGGGAGAGCUCCAGCAGACAGAGUCAACCGCCAGAGGGGCAGGGAUCUGAUGGAAGCCAAAGAGACCAGUGUGCAGGGCAGAGGGCACGGCAGGGCUGGAGAACCAAAGCACGCUGCCCACGAAGGGCCCUCCAGUGGCCAGAGCAUCUUUAGAUGCAGAUGGUCGGGAGUUGAGCCUGCUGCCCAGCACACAGCCCUGUGUGACCACGGCUGCUUGCCAGUCUGGCCCUUCCUACUGGUUUCAAUCCACGGAGACUGGCCCCGAGCUUUCCACAAAGGCAUGGAGAUGCCAACAGCCAAGUACCCCCACCCUACCAAUCAGCACUGCAGCCAACUGCCCACCUCUCUGUCACCGCACUCACAAAUUAACCAAAUCCUAAAUAGCUACAGACUGGGAUCAAAAGUAGAUACAAGGACAGCAUUGCAGGUCUUCUCUCUAAGUGAGCCCUAUGCCAGUAUUAGAAGAGAAAUCAUUCCAUCCAAGUCAACAUGUAAGUUUAGGGAAUCUAAAACUAACCAUGAGUACACCUUUUCUAUACAGCAUUUUUCCUUUUAAAAUACUGCCAUAUAGGAAUGUAUAACCAUAAUCUUGCCAGUCUGGCCUGAAAACCUCCUGGUCCCGCUCAUGGUGUGCAGAGGCCAGCUUUCCCACACUCAUGGUAAUUUCUACCUCUUUGAUAGAAUGGGAUUAAUCUUGACAGUGUGGUGUUUGUGACAAUCCUGGACUUUUUAAAGUGCGCAGAAGCAUAAGAUAAAAAGCCACCAGAAGUGGCGUUAUGAAGCUCCAUAAGGCUGUGCAAGGCAGUGAGCUGCUGGUGAAAGAAGGGCUUUUUGCAGAUCCUGGGUGACCAGCACACAGCCUCCCAGCUCCAGGUAAGAAAGUUACAGCACUUGGACAGCCAGAGCAAACCUUAACAAGACGCACCACUACUGCACCGCCUGAAAUCUCAGCUUUGGGAGAACAAUGCUCUAUUUGUCAUUGCGUGCUGUAGUUUACAAGAUGUGCCCUGUGUUCAUGCAGAUAAAAUAAAGCAAGGGGAAAAAAAACAAAACAAAAAACCAAAAAAACAAAGAUGAUCAUCUAAUUUUUAACGAGGACAAACAGUGGGUUUUGGAGGGGGAUUUUUGAGAAGAGCGUUCUGAUCGGUGUGCUGGGUAGCAGAACACAUUCUGGGGAAGAUCAAGCUGAUAAGGGGGGAAAGUUAAACAUAUGUGGGUAAAGAAGUGCCUCCUUGUACAGAAGAAAUUAUGGAGAUGAGGAAGGAAGGCAGGUACUUCUCAGAUACUGAACAAGACUUUCAGCUUCCUCUUGCUUCCAGCUCUAAAGACAUGAGCAGAGUAAGACAAAGACAAACACUUCAUGUGAAAGGCUCCUGGCAAGCAGAAACUCCCUGGCAGAAAACCAAAUGUGCCACUGCUCUUUGCUGCCAACAUGAGGCUGGUGCCCCAUCUCACCUCCUGACACUUCUGAGGAACUUUCCAGGAUCUAGGAGAGUUUCUUCCCUGCGACUCUGACUCACAAGGCUUCAGGCUGGGAAGUGAGCUCUGGGACAUAGGUGUACCCCAGUACUCCGGGACAUUACCCUGCCACAUGCUGGCCCAGCAUCACGGUAAUGUCCCAGAGGGAAUCCCAAUCCAAGCGCACCUGCAAACCAUGCUGUGGGCUGUGCCUCCCCCAGCCCCGUUCUUCACAACUCUUUGCCCCCAUGUUUCUUCCCAGACCUCUGUGUGCCUCCCAUGAAGGGAGAGACAGCACGAGGGCGGUGCAGGGAGCUCCCACACCUCAGGCACCAGGGCAGACAUGCAUGGAGAGAGGCACGAGCAGAAAAACCCUUUAGCAAAGAAUUGCUGAACAUUGGUCCUUCAGCAGGGAGUGUUUGAGCUGCCAACGCUGCAUAAACAAACAGCCUGCUUGCAGCUUUCUACACACCAAAAAUACUUGGUGUAAACAUUGGUCAUACAAUAACAGUGGUGGUUUGUUUUCUCAUGGAAUGGAUUCAUAUGUUCAUUUUUAAAAAUCCCUUUUUUUUUUUUUUUUUUUUUUUUUUUUUUUUUUUUUGUAUUGUCAGCUCUAGCAACAAAUGAGAAGUGGGACAGCUGUAUUUAAAAGCUUUUGCAAAAUAAAUGUUUCCUCUUUUCAUGCCAUUGCUGUGGGUAUCAGGGCUGUGCCUGUGGCUGCACCCAGCAGUGAGCUGGGGGCUGUGCACCCCUGGGAGCACAGCAGGACCUGCCCACAUUGCUGUGCCAACUGUACAGACUUCUGAAGGACCAAAGGCUGUAUUUUCACAACGGACUUCUGAUUAUUUUACUGGCCUUACACAGCAACUGCCAUGCGCAUCUUUUGUUUACCAGCAGAAUAUAGUUGCUUUUCAAUGAAAGCAGAGACUGGCAGAAGAAAAUCUGACGUUUCUGCAGCAGCACUGAUGUAGUAUGACCUCAGCAUUCCCCACGUGCACUCAGGUUUGCAGGAUAUGACGUGAACUCCUGUGGGUCUCUGUGGGAAUACAAGAAAAACUGUUCAGAGCAGCCACUGUGGAGCAAGAUUAACAGCAUGAGAACCAAGGACACCUCUAGAAGAAAGAAUGUUUGAUGGCUCUGACUGGAGAAGCGCCUGUGUGAACGGUUGAAGAGUGUUUGUAGAAUGCUCUGCUGGCAUGUAAAGGUGGAUGGGGAAGUUGUAAAGGUGGGUGGGAAAGCUAAAAAAAGAAAACUUGUGAAGGUAUGUAAGUGAUGUGAGAACUCGUAAUAAACAAUUUGGAUCGUUCACAUCUGAGACCGUGCAUCAGAUACUGCAGAUCUCAGUGCUCUGCGUGAUGAAUCCUGCCAAACAGCCCCCAUGUGCCCCUUGCUCUUCUCAGGGACCAAGCACUGUCUGUUAUUCCAAAGUGUCAUCACGUUCUAGUAGUGUUCCACGCGGGUCCUUCGCAGUUGGGUUUCUACGACUCCAUCCAGGAAAGCCCUUUCCUCCCAGCCGUGCAGGGCCUCGCUCCCACCGCUGAGCGCCGUGCUGCUGGAGUGGAGCGUAGCUGAGCCGAGCUAAGCUGCUGCUUCGGCCACAGCGCCGGGGGCCGCACAGCACCUCGGCGGCCGCCCCGGUCCCGGUCGCCUUUUAAAGUGGGUUCCCCAGAGCAGGUCGCACGGGAAGACACCCGGGCGGGUCUAGGUAUUUCCAGACAAGGAGGCUCCGCCUGCCCUCCACCAGGCCGCGCAAGGCUCCGGCACCCUGACAGACGUUUCUUCACCGGCGGCGGUCGGCGCGGGCCAGCGGCUCCGGGCAAAGAUGGCGGCCGCUCCCCGGAGCGCCCCGCGGGCAGCGGGCCGGGCUGCGGCAGCGCCGCGGGCGGGAAGGCGCCGAGGUCCCGCGGGCCCCUCGCGGAAGGCAGAUCCCCGCCGCCGGCAGCGGCGGGGCGGCGACGAAGGGGAGCGGCUACGAAGGAGAGCGGCGACGGCAGAUCGGGGAGCCGCCCCGGGCCCGCGCAGCGGAGC